UCUACAAGACUACACCUUCUCUUCUCAUUCUUCUCACUCUUCCACCGCAAAAAAUAAAUAUAAUGGGUGUUUUUAUUUUUAUAAUGACAAUUUCUUGCUGUGUUGUAGCUCUAAUAUAUGUAUGGAAAAUAUUAAAUUGGGUGUGGUUUACUCCCAAAAAACUCGAAAAACUCCUCCGGCAGCAGGGCUUCAAGGGAAAUUCUUACAAGCUUUUCUAUGGAGAUUUCAAAGAGAUACGUCGCAUCGCGACAGAAGCCGUGUCCAAGCCUAUGGAUUUUUCCAACGAUAUUAUGCCUAGAGCUCUUCCUAUCUACUACCAAACCAGCAAAAAAUAUGGUGAGAAUAGCUUUAUUUGGAUUGGACCAAAGCCUGCAGUAACCAUCACAGCUGAAAUGAUUCGAGAGAUUAUGUCGAAGAAUUAUGUUUUCCACAAGCCUAAUGGUAAUCCAAUUGCUACGAUGCUAGCAAAAGGAGUAGCUUCAUUCGAGGAAGAUAAAUGGGCCAAGCAUAGAAAACUGAUCAAUCCUGCCUUCCACGUCGAAAAAUUAAAGCAUAUGGUUCCAUCAUUCUACUUGAGCUGUGAUGAAUUGUUGAGAAAAUGGGAUAAGAUUGUGGGAAAUGAAGGAGGUUGUGAAGUAGAUGUGUGGCCUUAUCUUCAGACAAUGACGAGUGAUGUGAUUUCAAGAACUGCGUUUGGGAGUAGCUACGAGGAGGGAAGAAAGAUAUUCGAACUACAAGGAGAGCAGGCGAAGCUCAUCAUAGAGGCAACUCGGACUUUGUACAUCCCUGGCUGGAGGUUCGUGCCAACGAAAUUCAAUAGGAGAAUGAGAGAAAUAGUGAGGGAAACCGAAUCGUUGGUGCUCGGAAUUAUCAACAAGAGAAUGAAAGCGACGGAAUCCAGCACGGAUGACUUAUUAGGACUACUACUAGAAUCCAAUUCCAAGGAGAUGAAACAGAAUGGAAGCGAGUCCGGAAUGAACAUCGAGGAGGUGAUAGAGGAGUGCAAACUCUUCUACUUCGCCGGUCAAGAGACCACUUCGUCUUUGCUAGUUUGGACAAUGAUCCUUUUAAGCAAGCACGAAGACUGGCAAGACCGUGCUAGGGACGAGGUUUUGCAAGUCUUCGGGAAAGGGAAACCCGAUUAUCAAGAAUUAAACCACCUCAAAAUUGUAAACAUGAUCCUGCACGAGGCUAUGAGGUUGUACCCACCGGGGGUGAUGCUCGUUCGGUGUACUCAUAAGGAAGCUAGAUUUGGAAAGAUAAGUAUACCUGCAGGGGUGCAGCUUGUGCUUCCGUUGCUGGCCAUACACCACAAUACUCGACUAUGGGGCGAAGACGCGGCCAGCUUCAAGCCGGAGAGGUUUGGCGAAGGCGUGUCAAAGGCGACGCAAGGGCGGGUUAUGUAUUUUCCUUUCGGGUGGGGGCCGAGGAUUUGUGUUGGGCAGAAUUUUGCUAUGUUGGAAGCUAAGAUGGCGAUGGUUAUGAUUCUGCAGCGUUAUUCGUUCAAGUUGUCGCCCUCGUAUACGCAUGCUCCUCGUACAGUGAUCACUCUCCAGCCUCAGCAUGGAGCACACUUGAUUCUUACAAAACUUUAAAACUAGCGUCUAUGCAGUUGAAUUU